AUGGAGCAGGCAUUCGAACAGCCUGAUUUCGAUCAGGUGGCACAUCAUUUCAGGGACGCGGCAGAUCACUUCGAGCGGUGUGGCAAUCUGCCUGCCGUUGAUGGCGGAGUUCGCCUUAUGCAGAGGAUGGACGCCAUGAUGGAGCGCUUUGCAGCUUUGGAGCAGACGGUGCGGCGCGGUUUUACUGAUAUGGCUCAGAGGAUGGACGGGUUCGACCGCAAGGUUACCGUGACGAACCGCAACGCAGUGGUGCGGGCUCAGAACAGCACCGUCGUCCGUGGCAACAUGGACUUGGAACCCCUCUACAGCGUCCUCACCGGUGACCGGUUGGACAACUUCCCGCAGACCCUGGACCAGCUGGAGCGGCUACCGCUGCCGGCUGUCAAUGAUCUCUUGACACAUCUCGGCGAGGAGCCAAGAGGGCGCUUGGAAGAACGGAGGAGACACUUGAAGCUUGCCGUGGGAGUCACGACCAGGGCGGUGUGA